AUGAGCGCGCUGAGACUGCCACUGGUGUGGCUUGUGAUUCUGCUUGAAUGCGUUCUUUCCCAGGGAGCUGAUCUGAAGCCACGAUGGGGAUGGGAUGCUGUUCAGCCGUUGGCAACAAUCACCCCAUGUCCUGCUGCGCCGGUUUCUCUCGCACCACCGCCCGUCACGGUCACUGAGCAGUACCAACCUGUGUCGACAUGCAAGACUCAAACGGCCUGCAUCAAGCGAAAGUGCACGACCAAAUACCAAUAUCACACCUAUGAAUACGUCUCCACCGUGAUUCCUUGCCUAGACGGUGCAUCCGCCACUACAGUAACUGAGACCCAGCAGCCUGUUUUGAUCUCCAGGUCUUCAGAGAUCAUCAGAAACACGCGACCGAUCACCAAGAUUGUGCAUGGCAAUGCUACCGCUACCACUGCGGUGAUUGAUGCCACCACCAUUGUCAAGGAGUGGAGUGCGCCCUUCAAGGACAUCGGCCCUCUAGCUCUUCCCAAUUACGAAGGAAGCGGCCUUUGCAAGUCCUGCAAAGGGCCAAAAGGGGCGAAACGACAAGUGCUCGACGUUAUUGAGUGUACCCGCCGUCAUCGACGUGGCACCAUUUGUCGCAAGAACAGUGAGACCUGGCUUUACAACCCAGCUCCGACCUCGGCCUCGGCGCUGUCGGCUGUGUGCUCGCUUCAGACGAGUGUGGCUGCUGGUACUUACACUUUCGCCUUCCCUCAACGCGCCCCUCCGGCGACGAUCCGCGUCCCCCAGCGGAUCGUCACGUACACUGUUGGUGAGAUCCGGCCCAGUACGGUGACGACAACAAUCACAGAGACAGUCACCACGGUCCCCGAGCGCGAAUGGACCGCUUGGAUCACUCGAUCAUGUGCACGGCCAACCAAUCCCUCCAUUCGUGGUCCCAGGGCCAAGGCCAACGUCUGUUCCCGUUCCGUCCGGGUGGCAAGAUUGGACGGUCUCGUCAACUGUCUCUGCCACCCUGACUUCCUCAUCGGUAUCAGCAAGCUCUUCGUCCGCGACCUCUUCUCUUACUGCUUCCGAUUCGCCCGUUGGAUAUUCCACCUCGACGACGAGUAG